UAAAAUGAAAAUCUCCCACCAAUUAAUUUUGGAUGGAGGAUCAAGAGAGCAAAACAACAGAAAUCCUCCAUGGCGAUUCCACUCCUCCACCUAUCAUCACCGUUCCUCCUCUCCUCUCUAACACAGAAAAGAUUUAUCUACCAUCACCACCACAAUUACAAAAACACACUUCCAAAAAUACCCUCGUCUUCCUUCAGAAAUGGAAGCAGCAACACUCCUCCAGAAACAGAGUGCCCUGUUCCACUCGAUCAACAACCCAUAAAUGAAUACCAAAAUCUCUCCACUUCCUUCCCUUUCUCUUGGGCUUCAGGUGACAUUGUUGAGUACUGCUCUCGUUUGUUCGUUACUGGCGCUUCUUUUGCUCUCCUUAUCGCCCUACCUGUUGCUUGGUUUGGCACCGUGGCCCCAAAAACUGAGCCAUUGAAGCCAGUUCUUGCAGCUUUAUCAAGUGGGGUUUUUGUUGUUAGUCUUGCUGUUGUCAGAAUGUAUCUGGGUUGGGCUUAUGUUGGGAAUCGACUGCUCAGUGCCACUGUUGAAUAUGAAGAGACAGGGUGGUAUGAUGGUCAGAUAUGGGUGAAGACAGCUGAAGUUUUGGCUCGAGAUCGGCUUCUUGGUUCAUUUUCAGUCAAGCCUGUGCUAAGCAGAUUGAAGUACACUCUGGUCACUCUAGCAGCAUCAUUAUUUGUAUGCGUUGUUCUCUUCAUCAAUAUUGAGGGAGGCCAAAAGGGUUCUUACACACCAUUUGAAGAAGCUGGGGGUAGAGCUAUUCCUGGAGUUUACAAUGAUGAUUCAGCCAGAUCUUUCGAGCCAGAUGCAUUCUGUGGUGAACCUGCUCCUCCUGAAUCAUGAGGCAUUUUCUUUUUGAUAAUGGAAUUAUGAAGCAUCAAAUCAGUUGUCAACACUUGCAUAGUCCUGUAUAGAUUCAGAAGCAUAUUCUACAUCCCACUUUUGUACAGUUUUUUUACAUGUUUCUCCAUGUCUGCUAUAAUCACAGUAAAAGGUCAUAUAUUUUUCCCAGUGAACCAAAUGUUACUACGAGCAAUUUAUAUAGGUGCAGUGAUACUAAAUUUUAUUA